UAAAAAUUUGUGUUCAAAAUAAUAUUUUAGAACAAAAAAGCUCAUAAACGUUUUCUCUUUAUCAAUGGAGAGAGAUAAACUACCUUGGUUGCAACCUCCAACCGAAGAAGAGCGGCACACAACUAGCGUCAUCAACAACAAUGGCGAUGGUUUCAUAACUGAUGAUGAAAGUCUUUCUUCUUUCAGAUCAAUGCUGGAAAUUGAGUGGUACAUGAACAAUAUGCCAACUCAUGAUGAACAAGUUAUCCCAAAUUUUCAAAUUGAAACAAAACAUCAACACAACUUUGUUUCUCCUUCAGAUCCAAACAGUUCUGUUGGUAUGCAACCUUUGGGUUCCACCUCUUUUUCACCACCAUCCAACUUCAAUUUCUCUCAUCUACUUAAUACUGAAGACAAUAUCAACAACAUCAUCAACACCCCCACUACCAACAACAAUAAUCCAUUUGGAAGUGUCUUAAGUCUCGAAACCCAGAGUAGCUUCCUAACUCCAUUUCAAGGGAAUCAGACAGACUUACCAACCCAAACUGGCCAUUUAUGUAAGUUCCCGGAAACGAAUGUUGUUGGAUUUAUACCAAUGGGUUUACAAGAAGAAAUUUCAUUUGAUGGUGGUUCAGGGCCUUCAAGUUCCAUGUUUUUGAGUAAUGACAAAGCCUUUCGGCCUGUAGACACUCCUUCACUUGUUCUUGCAUCGCCUAAUUUAUUGAACAAUAAGGAUAUGAGUUCUAACAUUAGCGAUGCAGACAAGUUGGGAUCGCUGUCGAUUCCACACUUUACAUCGACAUGCUUGAAUGACUUUGAUCAGAAGACGGAGAAAGAGGUAAACGGGGAGAUUGAUGAAGGAUUAAAUUUCCAGUUUAAAGAGGGUGUUGGUAUUGAUGGUAAUCAGGGUGGCAAUGAUGAUGAAGACGCAAAUGGUGUUGGUGAGGUGGAUCGAAAAGGAAAGAAGAAGGAAAAUCCAUCAAAGAGUCUCUUGGCUGAGAAGAGGAGAAGGAAGAAGCUCGGCGAUAAGAUGUACACUCUUCGUUCUAUUGUGCCAAUUAUCAGCAAGAUGGAUAAAGCUUCAAUACUUGGAGAUGCUGUUGAAUACAUGAAUGAGUUACGACAAAAAGUUAAUGAUCUUCAAACUGAGCUAGAGUUAAUUUCUAUUGAACCAUCUCUGGUACCCACCACUUCAACCCUUCCUAUACAAGUGAAUGAAGAAUUAUGUCAUAGCAAUGUGCCAAGCCCUGGAAACCAAUCAACAAAGGUAGAGGCAUGGGAAAUGGAAGAUGGAACUGUCAACAUCCGUAUAUCUUGUAUCUACAAACCAGCUAUUUUGGUUUCAAUAAUGAAGGCAUUUGAUAUCCUUGGAUUGGACAUUCACCAAGCUACCAUAAGUUGUUUCAAUGGUUUUGCCAUAGAUGUAUACAAAGUUGAGCAAUGCAUACAAGGUCAGAAAGUGAACUCUGAUCUAAUUAAAGCAGUGUUAUUGAAUGCAGUGGAUUACCAUAUUGCAUUAUGUGAGUGAAGUUAUGAACAAAUUCAUGUUAUCAUUACAAAUUCACUUAUUGUAGUUGUUGUAGCAUGCAAUUUGUAAACGUUACUGCUUCUUAUUAUUUUGUUUUGUAUGGAAAGUUAUACAUAGACCAGUAUCGACACUGUUAUCAGCACUUGAUUUUGUAUUUUCUAUGGAAUUUAGACAUCAUACUUUUCUUACUUUAAAUGUAUGGAAUAAAUUUUUAUUUA